GCCCAGAUAGAAGCUGUGGUUAAUGACUGAAAAUGUCAGCGGCCACCCAAAAAAGAAAAACGGCAAUGAGGAGGCCAAAGAAAGAGUGAUAGAAAGAGAGGGAGGAGAAAAUGAGAGCACACGGAAGGGAAGAAUAACAGUGAAAGACCAAAAAGAAGCAAAUCUUCAUCUGAAAACUUUAGUCCAGCCGAAGGGGCGACGAUGUGAUUCCUGUCACAUACAGAAUUGCCUUCACUAAGCCAAGAAAAAGUCAGAUUGUCUGCAUAAAUAUGUGAUGAUGGAGACGGCUCAGCUGUAUUUUGUUUCGGCGAUUCUGUUUUGUCUUCAUUUCCAGCGCUGUGAGACGAACUUGCAAGGGCUGACCUGUGUGAAUGACUUCAUCAACAAUGUCACAUGCACACUAAACAGUUAUUCAAAAGAUCUUGGCCGAGAUUGCAUGAUCUUUGGCUACAAGAAAAUACGAUUAGGGAAAGAUAGGUUACGCAACAUUUCAAAGAGGAGCUGCGUGGUGAAACAAUGCUGUAACUCACUUCCAGGAUGCAGUUUUGUCUUUGAACGUAACUUCUCAUUUUUAGAGAAGAUCAAGAUCAGCAUGGAAUGUCAUGGUGUGCUGGUGGAAAACCUCACAGACUAUGAACCCUCAAGUCACAUCAAAAUGCACCCCCCAAGCCGCCCUUUUGUCAACUACACAGACAAGGACCUUGUGAUAUAUUGGGAUCCAGGUAGCCCUCGCUCCAAGUUGCUCAGAGAGUUUAGCUACGAAGUUCAGAUCCAAAAGCACGACCCAAUGAGGAAGGCAAGUAAUACAUUUCCCACCAACAUACCACAAAUGAAGACCGCAGCUUUGGAAUUGGAAGGUGAGCACUAUAUUCGUGUGAAAGUUAAGCCGGCAGACAGAGAAAACAGUCAGUGGAGUGACUGGAGUCCAUCUGCAUCCUGGGUGGCACCAAGCGUGGUGUCAAAAUCAGCAAAACGAGAAUGGCGUUUUGAUCAAACCUUCAUAAUAUUUGCUGCUUUGAUCAUCUUGAUUGUCGUGAUUGUCGUGAUGCUGAUUUUUUACAAAAGUAGUAUCAGCAAGAGAUUCUUUAAAGUAAAGCCAGUUCCAAAUCCUUCAAAAUACUUAAAAAGAAAGACAUUGCUGAAUCCAAAUUGUGCUGGAUUAUACUUGCACACCGCCCACCCUCCUGACCACAUCUCCCCAGUGGAGGUAUGUGAAAGUAAGGAUGAGGUUACUUCCACAUUCGCCACCAGUGCUAAUCGUGUCCAGGAGCCUCCUAACCACAUGGAAGCACCGUCGGUUUCUGGUGCGAGCAGUCUCGUAGACAAUUCGUCGUCUUCGUCUUGUUUCUCUAACUUGGGUUACUUUGUGAACGGGUCCUCCGGCAGCUCUGUUCAAACUAAGCCAAAUCACGUCUACUUCGCAUAUAAAGAUGAAUUCCACAUUGUGCACAAGGCCCGUAAUGCCAAUCUCCAGAUUCCUCUCCAUCUUUGUACUGCUUUGGCCAAGUCUCCAAGCUGCGAGAGCUUGAAGAGAGGGGCACAAAGCCCAGAUUCGGGUUUCUGUACUGGAAAAGAAGAUGAGGAGGUAAAGGAAGAUAACUCGGGUGUAAAUAGGGAUGAAGACCAGAUUUCAGGUCACUGUAGCUCCUCACAGCUAAGCUUACCUCUCCAUCUUCCAGAGCAGAUUUGUAGCUCCUCGACUCCUCUUUGUCUGUCACAGAUAACCUCGGAUAGCACUCAGACGCCUACGCUAACAGCUAACGUAAGUGCCGCAGGCUGGCCCGUUGCUUCUACAACAUAUAGGCCUUCUUCCAUGCCAGUAGAGUCCUGCAAAACGGGUUAUUUCAUCCUGCAGGAGAUACAAACUACUUCCAGGAAUGCGUCUAUCUGAGGUCAAUCUCUGCCUCGCAAACACACUUUCUUUUGUUGCUGCUAAAAAUUAUGCUUAGCGUUGCACCGAUUAAAGUAAGGGUAGAACAACGUGCUGAUGCUGUGCAAUAUCUACUUUUCAAGAUCAAAUUUCUAACCCCUGGUCACCAUACCCAAGAUGGCCACCAGCUACGUACGCAGCCGUAAAAAAAAGAACACUUGUCGCCCUUACCAAGAGCAUAAUAGAUGUCCAAUGUACCGAUCGCAAAACCACGCCCCCAAAUCACAAAAGUCGGACACCCAGUCGUAGAGUUGCAUAAUGUGAGUGAGUGAGUGAGUGGCAUAAUGUGUGGUGCUGAUUUUAAACAUCUUUUUUCUAACUUUAAAUUACAAAAAACCCAAUGGUUUAAUGCUGUGCGUGGGAUACCUGUAAUUCCGACAGCAGGUACCCUGAAAGAUUGGGGGGAGGAUUUUUUUGUGCCUUUUUCAAAGGCUAAAAAAGGGCUCGCCGAUUCACGCUAUGGAUAAGGCUCUGUCGUCGACCAAAUACACAACUGAAUGUCAAUACAGUCAUUCAAGGACACUUUGGCCAUAUCGCAGGUCUUAAUGCACAAU